AUCUUUCACGCGGUCAAGAAAUCGAUCCCAAGUUCUGCUAGUCUGAGGAAAACAGCCGAGGAAAACGGUCUCCAACCUAUUCUCUUUGACAGCUUAAAAUCUUUACCUGUUGCUUCCGCAAACCAGACCCCGGUAAAGGAGAUUGAUCUAGAGCUGGUUACAGAAGCAGCUACUUGGCUCAGAAAGAAGCUUGAUCUCACAAUCUUUGGCUUUGACGUGGUUAUCCAGGAAGGAACAGGAGAUCACGUGAUAGUAGACUUGAACUACUUACCGUCAUUUAAAGAAGUCCUUGAUAACAUCGCAGUUCCUGCAUUCUGGGAAGCCAUUAGAAACAGGUUUGACCAACAUGUCCAGGAGAAGCAUUGAAUCCAACAUUUGUGGGAAAGCGAAAAUUCUUCCUGUCUGUUUAUUUAGAGGAAUGAUGAGCAGAAGAGAAUUAUGCUUCAGUUCAGACAUUAUGAGACCAAAAUAAUUGAGAUUCAAACAGAGAAAGAUUGUAAUUUUAAGACAGAGUUUUUGUUUUUUUUGUUUUUUAAUUUUGUCGAUAAGAGGAAAAAAGCCACAAUUCUAUAAAUACAAGACAAGGAGACGACCAUUGAGAGUCGAGAACUUCUCUCCAAACAACGAAAAGAAGCGACUUUUUUGCCUCUUUUGGUCUCUCCCCUUCUCCAGGGGGAUCUGCUCUCUCUCUCUCUCUAUCAAUCUGUAAGAAGAAGCUUCCCACUUCAAGAAAUUUUUAAAAAAAACCCUAACUUUGCUUGGGAGAUUCUUCAUCUAUCAACUGUUAAAUCUUACCUUCAAAUCUUCAUCAGCCAUGGCUGAUCAACAAACCCUAGUUUCCUCUUCUCCUCCUCUUCCUACUACUCAAUCUCAAUCCGAUGAUCUAUCUCGCUCCCACUCUACUUCUUCUACUACUUCAGCUUCUUCUUCCUUAGAUCCAUCGCUCUUGAGGUCUCUAUCCUCAAGUAGACUCAACGCCGGAGCUCCUGAGUUCGUACCUGGUCGAACUACUCCUCCGCUGCCACAACCCCCGAGGAUGAUUAUCCCGCCUCCUCCGCCGCACGGUAUGCUUCAUAUGUAUCACCACCAGCCUCCUUUCAAUGCUCCGGUUCUUGGUCCUGUUCCAAUCCAGCCUCACUUGGUUCCUGUUCAAAACCAUCAUCCUCAUCAUCAUCGCUUUCAUCAUCAUCACAAUCGUCAUCAGAAUCAGCAGUAUGUUCCGGUGAGGAAUCAUCAAGAUUAUCUGCAGCAGCGUGGUGGUGGUGCUGUCGGCGGCGAGCAGGAACCGGAUUUGGUUCCGAAGAAGAACGAUCGGAGAGAUCAUAGUAAGAGAGAAUCUAAGACCGAUCAAGCUACUGAAACUGGAGCUUCUGUUACUAUUGAUUCGAAAACUGGUUUGCCUGAAGAUACUAUCCAGAAGAUAGUGAAUCAGGUUGAAUACUAUUUUAGCGACUUGAACUUGGCGACCACAGAUCAUCUAAUGAGAUUCAUUUGCAAGGACCCCGAAGGAUAUGUGCCGAUUCAUGUUGUUGCAUCGUUCAAGAAGANAUUGAGAGUCGAGAACUUCUCUCCAAACAACGAAAAGAAGCGACUUUUUUGCCUCUUUUGGUCUCUCCCCUUCUCCAGGGGGAUCUGCUCUCUCUCUCUCUCUAUCAAUCUGUAA